AUGUUCAGCGGAAUCGCAGGUGCGUUCCGGAGCAUCGGAGAGAAGACUGCGUCUCUUUUCGAAAGAAAGAAGAAGGAUGCCGAACAGAUUGCCCAAGAGAAGGCGGCUGAAGCCGCUCACGUGGUCGAAGAACAGGUGAAGAAGGCUGGGGAGCUCGUCAGUGGCGCAGAGAAGACUGCUGCUGAUGCUGCCAAUUCUGCCAACAAUGCCAAGCAUUCAGCAAUCGACGCACUGGAUAAGGAAUUGUCGAAGGUGUCCCUCGCUGCUGGAGAAGCUAAGGAUGCUGCUAACAAAGCCGUCGCUGAUGGCAAAAAAGUCGUUGAUACUACGAAAGAUACUAUUGCUACUACGGUUGAUAACACGAAAAAAGCCGCAGAAUCUGCAAUUAAUACAACCAAAGAUACAUUAUCAAACGUAGCACAAAGCACAGUAGAUAAAACUCAAAAAACUGCCCAAUCUGCUUUAGACUCUGGAAAAUCAUAUGCCGCUAGCGCUAAAGAUACAUUAGCCAGUACAGUAGAUACGACACAAAAAACCGCUCAGUCAGCUUUUGAAAGUGGUAAAACUUAUGCUACUAACGCUAAAGAUUCAGUAGCAAGUUCAAUUCAAAGUACAGUAGAUUCUACUCAAAAAACUGCGCAAUCCGCACUUGUUGCUAGCAAAGAUUACGCGACCAGCACUAAAGAUUCAGUAUCAAGUACUUUACAAAGCACAUUAGAUGCUUCAAAGAACACAACGCAAUCUGCAAUAGACGCUAGCAAGCAAUAUGCUACGAGUGCCAAAGAUGCUUUAGCCAGCACUAUUCAAAGUACAGUAGAUACAACACAAAAAACGGCACAAUCUGCGUUUGAAACUGGAAAAUCUUAUACAGCAUCUGCUAGAGAUACAGUGGCAGAAACCGUAGAUAGUGCACAAAAAUCGGCACAAUCUGCACUAGAUACGAGUAAAUCAUAUGUUGCAAGUGCAAAAGAUACAGUAGCAAAUACUGUACAAAGUACAGUAGAUUCUACCCAAAAAACAGCACAAUCCGCUCUUGAAACCGGAAAGUCAUAUGCUGCAUCCGCAAAAGAUUCCGUGGCAAAUACAAUUCAAAGUACAGUAGAUACAACACAAAAAACUGCUCAGACUAUGGUUGAUACUGGAAAAACUUAUGUAUCUAACGCUAAAGAUACUGUAGCAGAUUCUGUCAAUAAAUCUAUUGAGGAAACUAAGAAUAUUACAAAUUCAGCCGUAGAUACCACUAAAACGUAUGUGGAUAACGCAAAAGAAACUGUAGCAAGCACAGUAGAUAGUACCAAAAAAGCCGCUGAGCAUACUGUAGAAACGGGAAAAUCUUACGUGGAUUCUGCAAAAGAUUCAGUACAAAGCACAGUUCAAAGUACAAUAGAUAGCACUAAAAACGCAGCUUUUUCUGCUGCUGAGAAGGGAAAGAGUUACGUUGACACAGCUAAAGAUACAGUAGCAAGCACUGUUCAUACCACAGUAGAUAGUACUAAAAACGUAGCUUCAUGUGCGUAUGAUAAGGGAACAACUUUCAUUGGAGGAGUGAAAGAUACUGUAGCAGGCACUGUUAAUACAACUGUAGACACAACUAAAAAUGUAGCAGCAUCAGCUGUUGAUAAGGGCACAUCCUUAGUAGGCGCAGCUAAAGACACCGUAGCCAGUACAGUAGAAUCAGCAAAGAAUGUAGCAGCUUCCGCCGUCGAUAUGGGAUUUGCUGCUGUAGGUAGCGCUAAAGAAACGGUAGCCAGUACUGUACAAUCCACUGUAGAUACCACUAAAAAUGUAGCAGCAUCGGCUAUUGAAAAGGGAACAUCCCUAGUAGGCGCAGCUAAAGACACUGUAGCGAGUACAGUAGAUACAGCAAAGAAUGUAGCAGCAUCAGCUGUAGAUAAAGGUGUAACUGCUGCUGGGAGCGCUAAAGAUACCGUAGCAAGUACUGUACAAAGCACUGUAGAUACAACGAAAAAUGUAGCGGCAUCCGCUGUCGAUAAAGGCGCGUCACUGGUAGAAGCUGCCAAAGGCACUGUCGCAAGUACAAUAGAUACAACUAAAAAUGUUGCGUCCUCAGCCGUAGAUAAGGGAUUUUUAUUAGUUGGCUCAGCUAAAGAAACGGUUGCCAGCUCUAUAGAAACCACUAAAAGCGUAGCAGCAUCUGCUGUUGAUAAAGGCACAUCUCUAUUAGGAGCUACUAAAGAUACUGUAUCUAGUACAGUACAAAGCACUAUAGACUCUGGCAAGAGUGUAGCUGGCUCGGUAUGCGAUAAGAGUGUUUCACUUGUAUCUGGUGCUAAAGAUGUAACAUCUUCGGUGGAGGAUGCUGCUGCUGCGCACACUAAAUCCUUCUUUGAUAGUUCUAAAGAUACGAUCAACGCUACCGUAGAUUCGACAAAGAAGACCGCAGUGGAGGCAAAGGAUCAAGCUCUGAAGGCCGCUGAAGACGCUAAGGAAAAAGCAAGAUCAGCCGCUGAAGCUGCCAAGGAAGAAGCUAAGAGGGUUGCCAACGCCGCCGUAGAAGAGUCUAAGAAGGCAGCAGAGAAGGCAGCAGCAGACGCAAGUAACGCAGUCCACAGCACCGUAGACAACACAUUGAAGAGAGUGGAGGGUGCUGCAGACCAGGGCCUGAAGAACGCUGGGCAGGUCGUAGAUUCUAAGAUCAAGAACGCUGACAAGUUCUUGAGUGAGAAACGUGAUGCGUUGGUAUCAAAUAUGUCUCACGCGGCUCACGAUGGUGCUGAGGGCGCCGCCGGCCUCCUCAGCAAGGGCCUCGCUGCUUUCCCCAAG